CUUUACACCACAAUCUCCAGUGAUUCUUUUUUUCUUCUCUGUCCAACUUCAAUUCGUCCAUGCCCUCAAUCCCUACACACCCUGACGAAGUAUAGGCGGUGCUGAGCUGAUCGAUCAGCUCUGAUCGUCUCGUCCAUCCCCAUGGCUCUAUCUGUGGCUGCUGCCCGCGCGGCAGGCCGCCACUUUACACGUCCAGCGCGAUUAGUCACAGGUCUGCACCGAAAGCAGACCUCUGCGUUCUCUACGCGCAGCCAUUGCCUUCAGGCGGUGCCCCAGAAUCUGCCCUCGUCCCGGCGUGCAGUCUACACAACGUCGCUUGAGGACCAUGGAGACCCGAAUCCCCGCGAUUUGUUUCAACCGCUCGACACUUUCCCUCGUCGGCACAUAGGCCCGUCUCCAGAUGCCGCCAGGGACAUGCUGGCUGCUCUCGACCCGCCAGUGGCUUCCUUGGAUGAGUUCGUGAAGCAGGUCCUUCCGGCAGAUAUUCUCUCCAAGAAGAAUCUCGAGGUGACGCCUCCGCGGCCUGCCCCACAGCUGUAUCGCGAUCCUAUCGAUGGUGGACUGGGUGAAAAUGAUAUGCUGAAGCUUCUUGGUGAGUAUCGGAAGCAGAUCAGCACAGUGGGAAAGUCGUAUAUUGGUGGUGGCUACUAUCCCACCAUCGUCCCACCAGUGAUUCUCAGAAAUAUCCUAGAAAACCCGGCCUGGUACACGAGUUACACCCCGUAUCAGGCAGAGAUCAGCCAAGGCCGUCUGGAAUCUCUGCUUAACUUUCAAACGAUGACCGCAGAUCUGACUGGUCUGCCUGUGGCUAAUGCCUCGGUGCUCGAUGAAGCCACAGCGGCGGCUGAAGCCAUGACUAUGUCUCUGGCUACUCUGCCGGUCCCCAGACAGAAGAGACCCGGAAAGUCAUUUGUCGUUUCCAACCUCUGUCAUGAGCAGACCAUUGCUGUGAUGCGCUCUCGUGCCGAAGGAUUCGGUAUUAACUUGGUCGUUGGUGAUGUCAUCGCGGACGACUUCAAACUUGUCAAGGAGCAGGGUGAAAAUUUGAUCGGCGUCCUUGCUCAGUACCCCGACACACAGGGCAGUGUUCUGGAUUUCAGCGCACUUGGAGAAACCAUCCAUCAGCUGGGAGGUACAUUCUCGGUUGCUACCGACCUUUUAGCUUUGACUGUUCUCAAAGCCCCUGGUGAAUUUGGCGCGGAUAUUGCAUUUGGAAGCGCCCAGCGCUUCGGCGUGCCAAUGGGAUUCGGUGGUCCCCACGCCGCUUUCUUUGCUUGUACAACCAAGCAUCAGCGCAAAAUCCCCGGGCGUCUAGUAGGCGUGUCUAAAGAUCGAUUGGGAAACCGUGCUCUCCGAUUGGCUCUUCAGACUCGGGAGCAACAUAUUCGUCGUGAAAAGGCAACUAGCAAUAUUUGCACAGCCCAGGCUCUCCUCGCUAAUAUGAGCGCCAUGUAUGCUGUCUACCAUGGCCCUAAGGGGCUCAAGGUCAUUGCUCAACGCAUCAUGGCCAUGGCCUCGUUGUUGCGUGAAAACUUACAAGAGUUGGGGUUCAAUGUUCCCGUGCGCAGCAAUACCUCCGACGAAGGAGUUUUGUUUGAUACCGUAACUGUUGAGCUGCCAGAUAGUAAAGCAGCGGAUACUCUUCUCGAAGCAGCUAAGUCAUCGAAAAUAUACUUCCGACGAGUCGAAUCAAACAAGGUUGCGCUGUCUUUAGAUGAGACGGUGGGAAAAGACGAGCUUCAGUCGAUCCUCAACGUAUUUGCUUCGCAAUCUUCUAAAGGCGAAGUGACGAUAAACAAUUCUAUCUCGCCUGUCAGCAUCCCGGCAACUCUGGAGCGCACUUCUCCAUACCUAACACACCCGGUUUUCAACACCUACCAUUCAGAGACUAGCAUGCUGCGGUACAUUUACCACCUACAAUCGAAAGACUUGUCGUUGGUUCACUCCAUGAUCCCUCUUGGGUCUUGCACCAUGAAGCUUAACGCGACAUCCGAAAUGAUCCCUGUUUCCUGGCCAGAAUUCUCACAGAUCCACCCAUUCAUGCCCGCUGAUACUGUGGAGGGAUACACCGAGCUUAUCAGUGACACAGAACAACAGCUGGCUGAUAUCACUGGUAUGGCAGAAGUCACGGUGCAGCCCAAUUCCGGUGCACAGGGAGAAUUUGCUGGUCUGCGGGUGAUUAAAAAGUACCAAGAGUCUGUUUCAGGAGGAAACCGGAACAUUUGUUUGAUUCCCGUCUCAGCCCAUGGAACCAACCCAGCCAGCGCAGCCAUGGCCGGCAUGAAAGUUGUGCCUAUUAAGUGUGACACCAAGACCGGAAACCUGGAUAUCGAGGACCUCAAGGCAAAGUGUGAGAAACACAAGGAUGAAUUGGCAGCGAUCAUGAUUACCUAUCCAAGUACCUUUGGUGUCUUUGAGCCUGGUGUCAAGCAAGUCUGUGAGAUUGUCCACCAACACGGUGGUCAGGUGUACAUGGACGGCGCCAAUAUGAACGCCCAGAUUGGCCUCUGCUCACCUGGAGAAAUCGGCGCUGAUGUCUGCCAUCUGAAUCUGCACAAAACUUUCUGUAUUCCUCACGGCGGAGGCGGCCCUGGUGUCGGUCCCAUCGGUGUUGCCGAACACUUGCGUCCAUUCCUCCCAUCACACCCUUCCAGCCAAGCUUUACAAUCUAAGCGUUCCGAGUCUGCAUCCCCCCCAAUCAGUGCCGCACCCUGGGGUAGCGCCAGUCUUCUCCCCAUCACAUUCAACUACAUCAACAUGAUGGGCUCCACCGGCCUCACACACUCCACCAAGAUCACUCUUCUCAAUGCCAACUACAUUCUUUCCCGCCUCAAGGACCAUUACCCGAUUCUGUACACCAAUGAUAACGGUCGUUGUGCCCACGAAUUCAUUCUCGAUGCCCGCAAAUUCAAAGAAACAUCCGGUGUCGAAGCAAUCGAUAUUGCCAAGCGCCUGCAGGACUACGGGUUCCACGCACCCACCAUGUCAUGGCCAGUAGCCAACACGCUCAUGAUCGAGCCCACAGAGUCAGAAGACAAGGCCGAGCUUGAUCGGUUCUGCGAUGCCCUGAUCUCCAUUCGCAAUGAGAUCGCUGCUAUCGAGAAUGGAGAACAGCCACGUGAAGGAAACGUCUUGAAGAACGCCCCUCACACCCAGCGAGAUCUGCUGUCUAAUGAAUGGGAUCGACCUUAUACCCGCGAGAACGCCGCAUAUCCUCUGCCGUGGCUGUUGGAGAAGAAAUUCUGGCCCACGGUGACCCGAGUUGACGAUGCCUUCGGUGACCAGAACCUCUUCUGUACAUGCGGACCCGUUGAGGACACUACCUGAUCUACGAUACCCUAUUAAUGUUAACUUUCAUGAUUUAUUUUCUCUUUUCUUUUCAGGGUUUGGUUUUUGGUUAUAGGCGUUGGAAAGUUCAACCUGCAUAGUCUGGGAGGGGCAUUGUUGUCAUUUCUGUUUCAGUGAUAGACCAGCCAUUGUUAGUAUUACACGUGCUGUCCACCUGUUCAACAUACGGUGGCUUUUCAUUCUUGCAUAUAAACAAUAACGUCUGUCCCUGCGUAGCGAGACGCACUGUGUCACGAGACAGAUUUAUGAUUUUGGAUUCAUAGAUAUUUCCUUAGCAAAUCUAUAAAUUCGUUAUUUAUAUAGUA